UAGUGAUGGUGGAGAGAAGGGAAAGAACUAACGUUCAAGCCGUAUCCACCAACCAAGCCUCAGCUUUGGCAUCACUUUGAAGGAUAACCAGCGACCUUUAGGUGGCAAGCAUGUCGUUCUUGCAAGCAAUCAUCACCAUCUCCACCACCACUUACGGUCUCCCCAUAAGUAGAGGUGUAGAGUUGGAAGGAUCGCAGCUAACAGCAGCAUGGCGGGAGGAGACCAAACAGAGUCGCUAACCAGCUCCUCCAAGGCCACAAAGACCGUGGCGGACAAGACCUUGAAAGGCUUCGGCAACCUCAUCCGCGUCCUCCCCAGCGGCACCGUCUUCAUCUACCAGUUCCUCAACCCGCUCCUCACCAACAAGGGCGAUUGCCACGUCGUUAAUAAGUACCUCACCGGCGCCCUCCUGUGCUUCUGCGGCUUCUUCUGCUGCUUCUCCUCGUUCACCGACAGCUACACCGGGAGCGACGGGAAGCUUCACUACGGCGUCGCCACCAAAGACGGCCUCUGGCCGUUCUCCGACGAGAGCUCCGGCUCCGUCGACCUCUCCAAGUACAAGCUCCGCUUCGGGGACUUCGUGCACGCGUUUUUCGCGCUGGUGGUGUUCGCAGCGAUCUCUCUGUUGGACUCCAACUCCGUCUCCUGCUUCUACCCCUCCUUCGGGUCCCAGCAGAAGGUGGCGCUGAUGGUGUUGCCUCCGGUGCUGGGCGCCAUAGCGAGCUCGGUGUUCAUGGUGUUUCCCAACACUCGCCACGGCAUCGGCUACCCUCCCUCGGAGACCACGUCGGAUUCCUCCUAAGAGUGAUGGGUUAUGUGCUGCUUCGUGCUAACAGCGUAACGCGCGAGGACGUGAGAAACUAUGCAGUUCUCUGCUCUACAUGUUCAGCUCAUUUCAGCAAAAUGAAUCAACUCACGAGUUACCAGUAA